AUGCAAUUCGUUGAAAAACGCAAAAAGAUGACAUUUUUGGGCGAAUUAAAAAAGAGGCUGAAACUUUGGUUCCACCAAAGCGCUCAAUUAAGAAGAAAGAUUAAGGUUCUUCAAAAUCUAUCAGUUUUUCAGCGUGAAUGUAUAUCAAUUCACAUCGGACAAGCUGGAGCUCAAAUUGGGAAUGCGUGCUGGGAGCUAUAUUGCCUUGAACACGGUAUUGGACGAGAUGGAAUAAUGUGCAUUGAUGAGGAAGCAAGAAUAAAAUUCGAAAAUCAAUCAGUGACUACAUUCUUUUCGGAAUCCUCGGAAACCAAAUUUGUUCCACGUGCGAUUUAUGUUGAUUUGGAGCCGACCGUUCUUGAUGAAAUUCGUUGUGGGUCAUUUAAACAACUAUUCCAUCCUGAACAAUUAAUAAAUGGUAAAGAAGAUGCAGCCAACAAUUAUGCUCGUGGUCAUUAUACUAUUGGCAAGGAGCACAUUGAUCAUGUUCUGGAGAAAAUCAGAAGACAAGCAGAAAUAUGCACAGGACUUCAAGGAUUUUUAGUUUUCCAUAGUUUUGGUGGUGGUACAGGUUCCGGUUUUUCGUCACUUUUGAUGGAGCGCCUCUCUGUUGAGUACGGCAAAAAGUCGAAACUCGAAUUCAGCAUUUAUCCAGCACCUCAGGUGUGCACAGCAGUAGUUGAACCGUAUAAUUCAAUUUUGACUACCCAUACAACCCUCGAGCAUUCAGAUUGUUCUUUUAUGGUUGAUAAUGAAGCAAUCUAUGAUAUAUGCCGCAGAAACCUUGAUAUCGAAAGACCAUCGUAUGUGAAUUUAAAUCGCCUCAUUGCACAAAUCGUUUCCUCCAUAACUGCUUCAUUACGUUUCGAUGGUGCAUUAAACGUGGAUUUGACAGAAUUUCAAACGAAUCUCGUCCCAUAUCCUCGAAUCCAUUUUCCGCUUGCAACAUACGCUCCAGUUAUUUCUUCAGAAAAGGCAUAUCAUGAACAACUUAAUGUCGCCGAUAUCACGACGAUGUGCUUUGAACCGCAUAACCAAAUGGUAAAAUGCGAUCCUCGACGAGGAAAAUAUAUGGUAGGCUUGAUAUUUGAAAUGAGAAAAUGCUACGAUUUUGUAAAUAAACUACUGAACAAAAAAAUUUUCAAAACUCAGUUAGUUGAAUUUCAGGCUGUCUGUUUGCUAUAUCGAGGUGAUGUAGUUCCAAAAGAUGUAAAUGCUGCAAUCGCCGCCGUAAAAACGAAACGUGGAAUUCAGUUUGUCGAUUGGUGUCCAACCGGAUUCAAAGUGGGAAUAAACUAUCAACCGCCAACAGCGGUCAUCGAUGGUGAUCUAGCCAAGGUGCAUCGAGCAGUUUGCAUGUUAUCGAAUACGACAGCCAUAGCCGAAGCUUGGGCACGUUUAGAUCACAAAUUCGAUUUAAUGUAUUCUAAGCGAGCAUUUGUUCAUUGGUAUGUUGGGGAAGGUAUGGAAGAAGGAGAAUUUAUGGAGGCACGCGAUGAUUUAGCAGCGCUGGAAAAAGAUUACAUAGAAGUUUGCCACCAGCUGCUUUUAUUUUUUUCUUAUUUGUUUGGUUUAUACUUUAAAAUCAAAAAGAUUUUUAGGUGA